GUGAGUAAAACAAAGCGUUCUUUAUUUGUGCCGUGCAAAAUUAAGAGAGGCUUAAAGAAUCAAUUUAAUCUUGGUUUGUGAACCUCUUCCAGACGUCUGAAAGAAGACAGCUGACAGAAGUGCUGAUGCUCACCUCUGUUUCAUGUGCAGCAACAGCGUUCAGUUAGAAGGGAAUGAAUCUCCACCAACAUCUCAACACUCUGGUUUCAAAUGAUCUGUCAUUUUCUUACCUUCCUCCAAAUUGGUUUCCUUUUCAUCAUCGCCGUUCUCACAUGUAACUCUUUCUUUGCAUUUCUUGAAAGCAGCUCAGCUAAGGACAGCCCACAUCCGCUGGUUAAUGAGUCCCGCUGCAAUGCCUGGGAGAAAAACAAGCAAUGGAAGAACCUGAACUUUUCAACUCCCAGAAACACAAAGCUUUUUAUGAAACUGGAGGAUUUUUUCUGGAAGCGGUAUGUGUCCCAGCUGAGUUUACCAUUUGGCCUUAAAGGAAGUGAGAUGUUUCUACUUAAAGUUCUUGCUGCAACUGCAAGUUAUGAAAUGCCAGCACACAUAGAAAACCUUAAGUGCAAAACAUGUGUAGUAGUGGGUAAUAGCUUUGCCAUCAAAAACAGUUCCUUGGGAAGCAUCAUUAACAAGCAUGAUGUAAUCAUUAGGAUAAAUAAUGGUCCAAUAAGGGGCUAUGAGAAGGAUGUGGGGAACAAGACCACCCUAAGGAUAUUCUACCCCGAGUCGACCUCCACCAACCCACUGUUGCAAAAUGAUGUGGACACUCUGAUGGUCUUGGUGCCAUUUAAACCACCGGAUCUUCGCUGGCUCAAAGAGAUACUCUACGAUGAGAAGAGGGUCAGAAGAGAUUUUACACACCCCCCUCCCCUAAUCUGGCAAGUGGACAGCAGUAAAGUGAGAGUUUUGGACCCAGGCUUCAUGUAUCAGACUUCAAAACAAAUGCUUCGCAUCAAAUUUCCAUCAAAGCACCACUUUCGUCCCUCCACAGGGCUUCUUGCUGUGUAUGUGGCUCUCAAUUACUGCGAUGUGGUCCACCUCGCUGGAUUUGGUUAUCCCCCAAAGCAGAACCAUAAGCAGCCUGUACAUUACUUUGAGACCUAUACAAUGCAAGCCAUGAAGAGGUCUCCACAUGACCUUGGUCUUGAAGGCCAAAUCCUAAAAAGGUUGGAGAAAGCAGGGGCCCUCAUGUACUUGCACCCACACUUGUGACACACCUUUGCUCUGUUUCAGCGCCCCCUAUAGGGACAUUAUGAGGGGUUUGCUGUGGUACUAUUAACGCGCACUCUGUCUGACUUCAAUGAUUUGUGGAGAACUUAGAUUUUGCACUAACCCUGAAAUUAACGUCAGACAUAAAAACUUUCUGAUGGAUUUACCCUCUUACACUUUUAAUAAAAUUCUUUAGAGAGGAGCAUCUCAUUUUUAUGUUUUUCUUAUGACUUUCAUUUGAGUUCUGCUUUUCCCCGCUGUACAUUUUUAAUUUAUUUGUUGUUAAGUUGCAGCUUGUUUUUUCCUUAAACUUGGACUGGAAAUGUCUUUUUUUCUAUCUGUGUGACUUUUCAAAGUUUUUUUAAGUGGAUAAAAAUGUUAAUCUAUUUGUUAUGUUAAUAUGCUAUUUAAACAGUGUAAUUCAAAUUAACUGUAGUUUUGAAACUUUCUGUAAUAAA